UCACUUUGGAUGAGCAUGGGCAGAGGCACCAACAAUGUGUGAUAAAUCCUGCUUUGUCCCAUUUGCUGCAGAUCCCAAAUGUUCAUUCAGUGUGUCCUGUGGUGGCAAGACAGCCAGAAAAAGGAGACUAGUUUUAAAUGUUUGCAAACCCCCAGAAUACUCAAACAUAAUGUAACCUUCCAGGGAAGACCUAUGUCUUCGUGAAUGUUCUAGUAAUUACAACCAUUCAUUGCCAAAAUGUCUUAUCAUAAUAUGAAUGAUUAUUAUUGUUCUAAUGCUGUAUUAUUAUCAUCAGUAUCCGUGCUUCUCACAGAGUAGAGUGACAGCUCCAGGUGGGCAAGGAGGAAGAGGGGAGCUGUGUAUGUAGCAGGUGGUUGAAUGCUCCCAUCACUCAGCUCUUCCAGCAAUCAUACUAACAUCUGAACCUUUCAUCACAUCUUUCUCUGAUCUAGCAAGCUUCUGACAUUCUGUGAAGACACCACAAACUUGCCAUUUCAUUCUGUUGAGAGAGACAAUGUCUAUUGGUUACCUCAACUUUUCAGAUAAUCAACAGCUAAGUAAAUGCAAGACUUCAUGUCUUCCUUCAAAAAAAGAGCUGACUAUCUCCCACAAAACUUCCUUCUUACUGUUGAGGAGACCACCAUCUUCACAGUCAUCCAGGUUUAAAAUCUAGGUGUCAUCCUCAAAUCCUCACUCUUUCUCAUUCCCCCAGAUUCAAUCAGUUGCUAAAUCCCAUUAUGAAUACUUAAGUAGUAUCUCUGUCAUUUGCCCCCUUCUCUCCUCUGGCAUAUCACCAUGUUGAUGCAGGCUCUCUUCACCUCCCUCCUGGACUAUUAUAUGAGCCUGAUGGUUGAGCUCCCUGACACAAGUCUUUUCCCCACUCUAGUCCAAUCUCCACCAUCUUCCUGAAGUAAAGGUCUUUCUAUUCCCUCUCUACCCACUUCAGUAAACUUCAGUGGCUUGCUAUUGCCUCCAGGAUCAAAUAUAAAACCUUCUUUCUGGUGUUCAAGACCCUUUAUUACCUGCCCUUCCCCUUCCAAUUUUCUUAAAUCUUAUUCCACUCCACAUCCUCUGAGGUUCAGUGAUUCUGGUGACCUCACUGAUUUUUCUUCUCACUAUCCACUCCUUUCUCUUGACUCUGGCUGCCCCCCAUGUCUAGAAUGCUCUCUCUCCUCGUCUCUGUCUCCAGGUUUCCCUAGAUUCCUUCAAAUCUCAGUUAAAACCCCACCUUCUGCAAGAAGCUUUGCCCAAUCCCUUCCAAGGUAGGGCCUUCCCUGUCAGAUUACCUCCAGCAUAAAUCUUGUUUAUAUAGUGUUUUUUAUGCUGUCUUCUCUAUUCUGCUGUGACCUUAUUGAGGACAAGAACUGUUUUGCCUCUUUUUUUUGUAUCCUCAGAGCUUUCCAUAGUAUCUGGCACAUGGUAAGUACUUAAAAAAUGCUUAUUGACUUGACUUAAGCACACAUAUCCCAAUGCUCUUCUUCUAGAAAAGUAGACAUCACAAAUUAUUUCCAAGGCACUUGGGUCAAUCAAAAUAGAAAGCAAUAGCACCUUAUAGUCUUUCUACUGGGACUGGGAGGGCAAAAUCUUGACAUUCUAAUCCUCGUUAUGAAUGAUUCACCUGAUGUGACCUUGAGGUAAAUCACUCAAAAAUCACCACUCCCCUUGGCUGCCAGACCCUGUUCUUAUCUUCUAUACCUUGACUAUGGUUCCAUCAGGUUCUAACAGGGCAACUAAGUUGUAUGGUGGAUAGAGAACCAGGCCUGAAAUCAGAAAGAUCCAAGUUCAAAUCUGACCUCAGACACUUACUAGCUGUGACCCUGGGCAAGUCACUUAACCCUGUUUGCCUCCAUUUUCCUCAUCUGUUAAAUGGCAAAACACUCCAGUAUCUUUGCCAAGAAAACCCCAAAUGGGGUCCCAAAAGAAUGAGAAAUGACUAAAAUGACCAAGCAACAACAAAAAUUGUUCUAACAAUACCUGUCUCCCAGGAGCUAGGUGGCUCAGCACUUUUAAACAUUUCUUCAGGGUUUGUCUACUCUCCUGGAGUCUCACAUCAAUUCUGUGUAUAUUGGGAACAGAUGGGGGAAGAGGAGAUUUUCUUGGACAUAAUGAAGGUGCUAAUGAUCAGUGAAAUGUCCCAGAGGCAACUACCAAGAAACAGGGGAUCCAGAUAAUCCAUAGGGCUGAAAAUUGGUACCUCCGCCUUGAAGGGGAUCCCUUUAUUGAGAAUCUGUGUCUUCUCCCGGGUAAUUGAUCACUCUGCACUCAGGGACACCCAAUUCAUAGUUGAGGGGGAGUAAUCAUCAUGAAUAAUCAAAAAGCUGUGGCUGGACUAUUGCAGGAGUGUAAACAAACUCUGGAUGCAUUCCCAGGGACAUCGGGGAAGGAAGGCAAGAGACAGUAUGAGCAGUGCCAAGCUUCACUCCCCAGUGAGUUAAGGACCCUAAUCCAAGAGGCCAAGGAAAUGAAGUGGCCCUUCGUGCCAGAGAAGUGGCAGUACAAACAAGCUGUGGGGCCCGAAGACAAAACAAAUCUGCAAGAUGUGAUCGGCGCCAGGCUGCAGGAGUUACUGGAAUACUUGAAAGCUUCCAUCCUGGUCCAGGACUUCUCAACAGCAGCUGCUCUUGUGUUCUUGAUGGACCGGUUCUUAUAUGGGCUUGAUGCCUCUGCCAAACUCCUGCAAGUCGCCAAAAGUCUACACAAGUUGCAUCCAACAACCCCAAUAGCCCCACAGGUGGUCAUCCGACAAGCCCGAAUCUCAGUCAACUCAGGAAAACUGUUGAAAGCUGAAUAUAUCCUAAGCAGCCUCAUAAGCAACAAGGGUGCAACAGGCACAUGGCAGUAUGAUAAAGAGAGUGAUAAGAUCCUCGUCCAGUCAGUCUGUAUUCAAAUCAGAGGACAGAUCCUACAGAAGCUAGGAAUGUGGUAUGAAGCUGCAGAGUUAAUUUGGGCUUCAAUCAUAGGGUAUUUGGAACUUCCUCAGCCAGAUAAAAAGGGAAUUGCUACAUCGCUGGGUAUACUGGCAGACAUCUUUAUUUCCAUGAGCAAAAAAGAUUAUGAAAACUUUAAAAACAACCCUCAAAUUUCCUUGAACCUUCUCCGAGAGUUCGAUCACCAUUUGCUGUCGGCAGCAGCAGCCUGCAAGCUGGCUGCUGCCUUUAGCCAGUACACCCCUCUUUUUGUGCUCACAGCUGUGAACAUCCGAGGCACAUGUUUAUUGUCCUAUAGUAACUCUAAUGACUGCCCUCCAGAAAAGAGAAAUUUGUAUUUAUCUGAAGCCAAAGAAGCCUUUGAAAUUGGCCUCCUCACCAAAAAAGACAAUGACCUAGUUGCUGGAAAACAGGCACUUCAUAGUUUCAUCAAAGCUGCUUUCAGUCUCACCACAGUCUACCGAAGACUCUUUGGGGAAACUGAGGCAGUUUGCGUUUCAAAUAAACUUUGUAGAGAAGCAGUGGGGAAAUUGUAUGCUUAUUCCAUGUCAACAGGGACUCAAGACAAAGAAACACUGGCUCAGGAGAUCAUGACUGCUAUCAAGCAGAUUAAGGAGUAUUUGAAAGUCCAGAGUUUCUCCAAUCUGGAUGAUAGAUCUUAUGUCCCAGAGAGUUACAAAUCUUGGAUUGACCAACCCAUCUUGCAUGGGAAAGUUGACUUCAAAGAAGUCCUUGAAAGGCAUUCCCAACACCAUGCUUCAGUAUGUGAAGUAUUUGAAAGUAUAUGCGAGAACCACAGGAGCAGGAGCAAUGUAGUGAAAACAGGAGCUUGUAUCACAGCCUUGAGAACGGAGACAAAAAAUACAGACACAUUAAGUACUACUGAAGACAAAUCAUUAAGUCAGAAAGGCAUUGAAAUACCUUCUUCACAAAAGGCCAGCCAGAAUCCCAGGAAACUCCAAGGAAAAGAAAGAAGAAAUUGGCCCCGGUCAGAUGCAGUUUGCUUCUCACUUGAUGAAGGGACAGAAACUGAACCACCUGAUCACCUCAAUGUUUCUAGCAACUCUCUGAAUGAAAGCCAGACAUCAAGCUCUUGGAGCAAGAUAUCAGGAUCCAGUCUUUCUACUAGCUGGGAGGAAGUACAUAAUCAUGCUGAUGAUGCACCAGUCAGAAGGGAGACCAUUCAAGAAAAAAGACUAGUGGACACACAGUGUUCCACAGCCCUGACUGAAGACCCAAAGAACGAUGCUGAAAAUAGUCAUCUCCAUCCAUUGGCUUCAGUGCCUCAUCUUCCCUCUCUCAAAAACUCUAAAGAAGAUUGCUUAGAUGCAUCUCAAAGUCAACAAUGUAAGCAAACUCCCUUGGAUCCCCACAAGACAACAGGCAUGGCCUCAUGCUCUAGUAGAGCAAUCUUAGACAACAGUGAACUGAAAUCAGAAAGUUUCCAGGAAAUCAGAAAUAUGGAAUCCAAAAAUGGCUCUCCACUUUUUGAAAACUUACCUUGUUCCCUUACUUCUAUCAAAUCUCUGGAGAUCAUCUCAUUGUCUUCCCCAGAAGAAUCAGAUUCAUUUGAGAUGAUUGAUGGGUUACUUGAAACCAAUGGGAAUCUAAGAGUGAGGAAUGGAGAAGAGAUUAGAGUAAAAACCACUGAAAGAAACAAAGAACACAUGUUGAGAGGACCUACUUCUUGGAUAGAUUUGGAAGGAGAAACCACAGAAAGUAUGGAGAAUGCUUCCUUGGACCAACCUAAAAGUACCAAAGUCUCUUCUGCUUGUUCUAUAGCCAAUGAAUCCACUGUGGAUGGCAGUUCUUUCACCUAUCACUGGUGUGGGAAGAAAGUUACCACAACAGCAAACAAGCUCACAGAAAAGCAAGUGGUUGAAUCAGAUGCCUCUACAGAGGACAAGGACUUGGAGCUCACUAGUGGCAAGGUGGGUCACUGGUCAAAUGAAAACACAUCUCAUAGACUGAAUGUUUUGGGAGAACAAACCUGUCAGAUGGUAAACAAUGUCCAUGGUUCCCGGGUAAACGAUAGCAGAUCCUUCCCCAUCCUUUAUGAUGACACCACCACAGAGGACCAUGGUGGAGGGAAUCAACUUGGAAAGUAUAGGCAGAAUUCUAGCUCCUCCUUGUCAGGGUGGCUCAACUCACCCGACCUUUCCAGUGGUUCUGAGGUGGGAAGCCCCCUCUCAUUUCUGAAUUCUAGUGGAAGCUCUUCGAUGUCUAUACCAGGAAAGAUCAAGCAAGAAAUCCUAGAAGCUCGCACUCUGGAGGACAAUGACUUUGAGAAACUUCUAUCAGGAGUAGGACAUGAUUGGCUAUUCCAGAGACUAGAGAACACUGGGAUUUUUAAACCCAGGGAUCUCCACCAAGCACACAAUGCUCUUUUGUUAAAAUAUUCCAAGAAAUCAGAAUUGUGGACAGCUCAGGAAACUGUUGUUUAUUUUGGUGACUACCUGGUUGUACAGAAGAAAGGCAAACAGAGGAAUGCCUUUUGGAUACACCUACUUCAUCAGGAAGAAACUUUGGGAAGAUAUGUUGGAAAAGAAUAUAAAUCACAAAAAGGACUUUGGCACCAUUUCAUUGAUGUGGAGAGGCAGAUGACUGCCCAAUACUAUGUCACAGAGUUUAACAAAAGACUCUAUGAUCAAAAGAUUGCAACACAGAUCUUCUAUAUCCCAUCAACAGUCCUGCUGAUUUUAGAGGGCAAGACAAUUAAAGGAUGUGUCAGUGUGGAGCCUUACAUUCUGGGAGAGUUUGUUAAACUGUCCAAUAACGCAAAAGUAGUGAAAACAGAGUACAAAGCCACAGAAUAUGGAUUGGCUUAUGGACAUUUUUGUUAUGAGUUUUCCAACCAUACAAAUGUUGUGGUUGAUUUGCAAGGUUGGGUGACUGGUAAUGGAAAAGGAGUCAUUUACCUCACAGAUCCCCAGAUUCAUUCUCUUGAUCAGAAAGAUGUGACCACCAACUUUGGAGAAAAAGGCAUUUCUUAUUUCUUCAACCAUCAGCAUGUGAAGUGCAAUGAAAUAUGCCAUCGGCUUUCCCUGACUAGACCUUCAAUUGAAAAGUUCAGUUAGGCACAUAUUCUUCAACAGCAGUUUUAGGUCAAAAAUGACAGGAGACCAGGUGAAAACAAAAAAUCAGUCAAUUAUCUGAAAAACAUUAAUAAGAAAACAUGCAGAUUUCCACAUAAUUUAAAAUAUUUAUUUGAAUGUUUCAUGGAUUUGUUUACCUUUAAAACAUCAUGUAAAUAGAACCUGAUACUCUUGGCAAUCCCAAAUUAUUGUUAUGAUGAGAGUACAUUAUUAUUGAAUGAGGAGGGAUAGGGAUAAAGAUAAGACUUUUGAUUUCCUUGGUACGGAGAACUAGAUGGGGAAAUUUUCUCUACCAAUGCUGGACAGCGCCUUCUCUUUAACUUAAAUUCAUAGAGUUGCCCAGGGCACUGAAAGAUUAAGAGACUGACCUGGAGCCAUAUAUCCAGUCUUUGUCAGAGGUGGAGUUCUAACCCAAGUCAUUUUGGCUCCAACUCUCUUAUCUCUAUAACAUGUCAACUUAUAAUUUCCCAAAACUCAGAAAAAUCUGUAUGCCAAGCCCUCUGACUUAAACUCAUAUACUUGUUGUAGGUAUUUUCAGGUAAACAUUAGUGAUAAUUAUAUGCAUUCAACUCCUUCUUCUAGAGUCCCUUUGCCAGAUGAGUGACAAGCCAGAAAAGCAACUUGUGACAGCUUCCAUUAGACACCUGCCAGCUAUGAGUCACCUCCGGAUUGAACUCUCCAACCCCAAUAUUCCCUGACCAAAUGACUAAAGCAAUCUCUAGGGAAAGGAGAGACGUUUUAUCUAUCCAGGGGUCUCGGACCCAAAUCCUACUCAAAUAAGGAAUAAAUUCCUCUAAGAAAUAUAUUUUCAUAAGCAUAAGCAUUGUGGUUAAAUUCAUAUAAAUAAAAAUUUUAAAGUCAAAAAAGUUGGAGAAAGGUGACGAGAUAUCUCAUUGUAGGUGAUUUCUAAAGAAUGCCCAUCUGUGGUCCAAUAGCAAUAAGACCAUAAUGGGGUUGAUGUCCUGUUCUAUAUGGGAUAUAUAUAUAUAUAUAUAUAUAUAUAUAUAUAUAUAUAUAUAUAUAUAUAUAUUCUAUAUGCUCUCUUCCUCCACCUUUUUUACAAAGUACAGGGAGAGGGACAGGAUCUCUCUAUCUCAUCUAGACCAAAAAUAUUGUAAUAACUCAUAGCUGCUCAUUGAACUGAAAGCUUUUCUGACCUGGAUCAGUUUGACCUUCCUUAGAAUUCUGGCAGUCUCCAGGACUCAUUGUGGUAUUAAUUUUAAAUUAGUGCUUACAAAAAUGAUUACCUUUUUGUCCUACCAUAGCUCAGAAUACUCAAACUUAAGCAACCCACCAUCCUCAGCUUCCCUAAUCACAGGAAUUACACAUGUGUACCACUAUGCCUAUCAGCAUUCUACCUUUCAAAGAUGACCACCAGCACAUUUGACUAGAAUAAGUGAUGCAUGAAAAGUUAUUUUUAAAUAACAAUGCAGUGUCCCUGAUGACAAUAGCAAUGGCAUCUCCAUAUUUUUGUUCAUAAGGAUAUCACCCCUAAUUAAAUCAUGAAUCGA